CAUCCUGGCAUUAUGGCGUUGACCUCCACGACCGUUCUCAAUCCCAGGACGACCCAUUACGAAUUCCUCGGCCCUCCUGGUGCAUUGCUUGUGACCGUUUUCGUUCCCAUCACAGCAUAUGCCCUUUACUUCGGAUGUUCAGAAACCUCAGGUGGCUGCCCGCCUCGAAUUUCCUACCCGGCGGUCAUUGACACCUUAAGCGAUCCCUCUUUCUGGAAAAGUCUCUGGGAUACGCAGGCAGCACUGAUCUACCUGGGCUGGUAUGCAUUCUGUGUUUUGGCGUGGGCAAUCCUUCCUGGAGACUGGGUAGAGGGGUCACAGUUGCGCGACGGCGGAAAGAAGCUGUACAAAAUCAAUGCAUUCUCAACAUUCCUGCUUACGCUAGGACUCACUUCUGGUUACAUCUGGCGUUUCGGGCCAGAGUCGUUCACAUUCCUCUAUGACAAGUUCAUUGGAUUCGUCACGGCUUCGCUGCUCAUGAGUGUAGUACAAGCGGCGGGAUGCUACGCUGCGUCCUUCCGUCAAGGCGCACUUCUCGCCUUAGGUGGCAACAGUGGCAAUGUGAUCUACGACUUCUUCAUUGGCAGGGAGCUGAACCCCUCCAUUGGCUCCUUUGAUAUCAAGUCCUUCAACGAACUCCGUCCCGGCCUUAUUCUGUGGGUCCUGAUCGAUAUCAGUAUGGCAUGUGAGCAAGCCGUACGCCGUGGUGGCAGCAUUACCGACUCGAUGGGAUUGGCGUGCCUGUUCCAAUUCUGGUAUGUGGCCGACUCAUUAUACAACGAGCCUGCGAUCUUCACUACAAUGGAUAUCACAACCGACGGGUUCGGUUUCAUGCUGUCUGUCGGGGAUCUCACCUGGGUGCCCUUCGUGUACUCGCUACAAGCGCGCUACCUGGUCUUCAAGCAGCUGGAGCUGGGCCCUAUCUGGACUGGAGCCGUCGUCUCGGUGAACCUGCUUGGCUAUUGGAUCUUCCGCGGAGCGAAUGGCGAGAAGAACGAUUUCCGCAACGGCUACAACCCGAAGAACCUCAAGUACAUGACCACCGAACGUGGCUCGAAGCUCCUUAUCUCUGGCUGGUGGGGGUGGCUGCAGCACCCCAAUUAUCUCGGCGACCUCGUGAUGGCUCUGGCAUGGUCCCUUCCCACUGGCUUCGAGACACCCAUCACCUACUUCUACGUGAUGUACUUCUUCGUGCUGCUCGUGCACAGGCAGAUGCGGGAUGACGAGAACUGCAAGAAAAAGUAUGGCAAGGACUGGGAAAAAUACACGACCCUUGUGCCAUAUCGUAUCAUUCCCUACAUCUACUGAUGUUUCAAGUGUCUUCACUGAACAGUCUGUUGUCGCCGCCUAAUUCCUGGCUUGUCUUUUGGUGUCAUGAUAGUAAUGAGGUUCCCUAUUUGGAAGACGUGUAUUGACAGUCUCCACGGGUCCAGAGUUAAUAAAAACGGCGGUAUCAUCC